UCCCUGCUCCCUCUCCCACAGCCUCCGCCCGUAUCUACUGACUGCGCUUUAAUUGUCCUUCCGCGCAUCUUGCAUCCGAAUGCCCCUCCCUUGUGGCCUUUCGCAGAGUCUUUUGCUGUGUAUGAUUUCACUCCCCUUUAACGUACUCGCAGAGCUUAGACACCGGCCAGAGUUUUGGAGCGGUCACUGUGGACCGAAUGGUCUUGACCCACGAGGCUGGAGUGGUGACGACAGCCUCUUCAGAUAUGAUUGCAGUGCGGCGGAAAAGAAACCACAGGACAAUAAAGGGGAAGACGGGCAGCCCGUGGAGAAGGGGAGUGACAUGAUUCUGGCAUCCACCUUCUCUGAGUCUGGCCGCUAUUUUGCUUUAACUGAUGACAAUAAGCGCCUGAUUCUUUUCCGUACAAACCCUUGGCAGUGUCUGAGUGUCAGGACCGUGGUGAGGCGCUGCACCGCCCUGGCCUUCACUGCCUCCGAGGAGAAGGUUCUGGUGGCCGACAAGUCCGGGGACGUGUACUCCUUCUCCGUGUCGGAGCCUCAGGGACAUGGGACGCUCGAGCUGGGACACCUGUCAAUGCUGCUGGAUGUGGCGGUGAGUCCGGAUGACCGCUAUGUCUUCACCGCCGACCGUGAUGAGAAGAUCCGCGUGAGCUGGCUGGCAGCGCCCCACAGCAUCGAGUCCUUCUGCCUGGGACACACCGAGUUUGUGAGCCGGCUGUUUGUGGUGCCCGACCAGCCGGGGCUGCUGCUGUCCACCUCCGGGGAUGCCACGCUGAGGCUCUGGGAGUACCGGCGCGGGCGGGAGCUGCACCGCUGCCUGCUGACCAGCCUGCAGGAGCCCGGCGAGUCCCAGGGCGAGAAGAGGUUUGCUGUGUCCCGGAUCACAUACUGCCGCCAGGACAGCUGCGUGGCCCUGCUGUGUGACAGCUUCCCCGUGAUCUACAUCUUCCAGCUGGACGCCCCCCAGCGUCAGCUGGUGUACAAGCAGAAGCUGACCUUCCAGCACCGAGUGUGGGAUGUCGCCUUUGAGGAGACGCAGGGGCUGUGGGUCCUGCAGGACAGCCGGGACGCUCCGCUGGUGCUCUGCCGGCCGGUUCGGGGACAGUGGGAGCCUGUCCCUGAAGACCACACGCUGAAGAAAGUCUGCGGCGAUCUUCGCGGGAACUGGGCCAUGUUAGAAGGCUCGGCUGGUGCGGGGGACAGCUUCAGCAGUCUGUACAAGGCCACCUUCGACAACAUGACGAGCUACCUGCAGAGGAAGGAGGAGCGGCUGCAGCAGCAGCUGAGGAAGAGGCAGCGAUGGGAGAGCCCACAGCCGGGCCCCAACGGGCACACCAAGAAGCGGAAGUCAGACGAAGUGCCUUUGGGCUGCUAAUCCCGCCUCCUGCAGUGACCUCUCCACGUGGAAGCAGUGAGCCCUUCUGCCUGCCCCUCCUGCCCUGGCGUCUGUCUCCUUGAAGAACAGGGUGGAUGUCUUGCUUGACGCCGUGCCUAGAGGCAGUGAGGUCCUGCCUGGGACCAGCUGUGGAGGCUGGGCACACCCUUGGCCCUGAAGGCUGCCACGGAGCGUGGGCCUCCUGUCCAGACCCCGUGCUGCCCUCGUGUUGGAGGGCAGCAUGCGCUGCUGUCUGUGCAGCUCGAGCUGCUGCCAGUGGGAAAUGGCCUGCAGCAUUGUAUCUGGUCCUUCAUGUUGGAGGGAACCUGUGGCCGUGCUCGGAGCAGCUGCCCCUUCUUCUACCACCCCCACGCCGAGGGCAUGCUGUACCUUGAAGGGAGGUGUUCACGGCAGCGUGACUCCUAUUUUAAGGAGGUCACCGUCUCUCACCCUGAACGUUAGACUCCGCUGCCCAGCACGGUGGUCACUGCUGGCUCACUAGCUUCGUGUGACAGUGACGUUGAAGUAAGAUGAACAGCUCAGCUCCUGAUCGUCCCGGCUCUGUCUCAGGUGCUCAGUAGCCAGCGCAGCACUAGCGGCCGCUGUUUCAGACGUGCAGGUGGAGAGCAUUUCCACCUUCCAGAGCUUGCUCGAGAGGCAGCUCUGGAAACAUCACUCUAAAAGGUGAUCACAGCAACUUCAUGCGUAGUGACUAUUUUGAUUUAACUGUGUGCACGCUCUGCAAAGCAGUAGGGGCUGCCCACUGAACUCUGAUUACUGGGCAGUAAAGGGGAGCUUUGGGCAGCUUGCGGGAACCCUUUAGCAGCAGUGUGCAGGGCCGGUGUGAACUGUUUUGAGCAGAGCCAUCUGAUGAGCAUACUGUUUGCACACAGUGAAACCUUUCCCCCAUGACUGGGCGCGUGGACGCGUCAGCUGACAUGCUCGGAUGGGCUUUGACGGACUUCCCUCGACCCCUGGGUACCUUGGAGCAGCAGCAGUGACAGCUGCAGGUUUCCUGGAUGCGCAGGAACAAAAGCAGUUUGUCUAUUAAAGCUAGGGUGCUUCACUUUGUUCAUAA